ACAACGGCCAGGUGACUGGAUAUGUAAAAGUUGUGGUGUCAAUAAUUUUGCAUAUCGAACAGAAUGUUUUGAAUGUGGUGAAAAAGUUCAAAACCGAGAAGUAGCACCUGGUGAUUGGAUUUGUCCGAAAUGUGAAUUCUAUAACUUCCAAAGUCGGUUGGCUUGCUUCAAAUGUCAUUCACCGGCUCCAAGCUUUGAACAAAAUCCUACUAGGGAACAUCAGGAAAAUCAAUAG